AUGAUCAAUUUUUUUUUAAUUUUUCAAAAAAAAAUAUCUUUGCCAUUUUUUCCCUUUUUUUUCCGGCCUUUUUUUCAAUUUUUAUUUUUUUUUCACAAAAAUAAACAACAAAUGUCUGAACUAAAUGAAGAACAAAUAAAUAAUUUAAAUUAUUUAUUUUGGAAAGUUUUUAAAAAUAAAAUCUUAUUUAAACAAAUAUUUAAAGCAUCCUCAUUUAAAUUAGGAAUCUAUUCCUAUUAUGAAUGUAACAAAUAUGAAUGGAUGGUAAGGAAUGGAUAUCUAGAAUUAUUAAAAGAUAAAGUUUUUAGAAAUGAUAAAAAUUUAAUAAUAGAUAAAAACUAUAUGUUUACAGUUUUUAAAACUGAUAAUCAAUCAUUCUUUUCAACUUUAUUUAAAAACUACUCACAUUUAAUCUUUGAAAAAGUUGAAAAACCAACACCAUCAUCAUCAUCAUCAUCAUCAUCAUCAUCAUCAUCAUCAUCAUCAUCAUCAUCAUCAUCAUCAUCAUCAUCAUCAUCAUCAUCAUCAUCAUCAUCAUCAUCAUCAUCAUCACCACCACUAUCAACAUUUCCAAAUCUAGUUGAAUCCACAACUAAUAGUUAUGGAUCACUUGAUAUAUCAAGAUACCUUUUAAAUGAUAAUCUAAAAUCAAAUGAAAAAAAUAGAUCUAUUGAACCUGACCAAAUUCAAAUUUCAAAAAAUACUAUUGAAUUGAUUAUUAAAAAUAAUAAUUUAUCAGCAUUUCAAGUGAUAACUAAUAAAAAUAUUAAAUAUGAACCAACAUUUUCAAAUUUAGUUGGGUCAAUUAACUAUGGAUCAUUUGAUAUAUCAAAAUACAUUUUAAAUAAUUAUUCAAAUGAAUUUAAUAAAUUUCAAACUGAUCAAAUUUGGGAACUUUCAAUUGGAUAUAAGUAUUUAAAAAAUGAUUUAAAUUUAAUAACCUCUAAAGAUAUUGAACUAUAUAUUAAAAAAUGUAAUUUCUUUUUUUCAAAUAUUUUAAAUAAUGGGUCGUCAAUAAAAUUAACAAUUCCUGAACCCCCUAAAGUUGAAUAUGAUCGUAUAUAUCUAAUUGAACUUUGUAAAAAUAAAAAGAAUCUACCAAAAUCAAAAAAUAAUAAAUUUGUACGUGCUAAAUUUCUUAAUAAUCUUUUAUAUCCAAUUGAUAAUAAUCCAAAUAAUUGUCCACAAAUAAAAGAAAUUAAUAAAAAUUUAAAAAAAUUAAGAGAUAACUAUAGAGGAAUAAUUUAUGAAUUAUCAGUUGACCUUAUAAUUAAUAUAUGUUUAAACAUUUUAAAUAUAUUAAAAUAUCAAAAUUUAUCAUUUGAAUUUUCAAAUGAAUUUUUACCAUCAUUUAUUAUCAAAGAGAAUGAAUUAAAUAAUAUGAAAUUAAAAUAUAGUUGUUCAAAUAUUAUUUGUGGUGAUUUUGAUUCAAAUAAUCAAGAUAUUAAAAGAUUAUUAAUAAUGGUUGUAUAUUUUACAAGGGAUAUAAAUAAUUAUGAUUUCAUUUUAAUGAAAUAUUUUAAUAAUGAAACUAAUAAUGAAAAUUUAUUACCAAUUGAUUUUGCAAUUUAUAAUGAAAAAAGACUCACUAUUCCAAUAUCACCUUUUAAAUAUUGUAAAAAUGAUGAUGAUAAUAAUGGAGAAAAAAUUAAAAAUUAUAUUAAAAAAUCAAUUCAAUCAAUUAAUGAUCAAUCAAUUAAUCAAAAUAAAAAAUACUCAAAAAAUCAAUUAUUAGAAAUUUGUUUUAAAUUUGAUGAUUUAUCAUUAAUUGAAAUGGUUUAUAAUGAAUUUCAAAAUGAUUUUAAUUUUCCAUUAUUAGAAACAUUUGAAAAUAUUAAAUCAAUUAAAGUAUUUGAUUAUGUAUUUAAUAAAUUACUUGAUAACAAUAAUAAUAAUAAUAAUAACGAUUAUUUAGAUAUUUUACAAUAUAUAAUUUGUAAUAAAUUUGAUUUAGCAAGUUAUUUCAAACUAAAUUAUUCAACAUAUUAUUAUUUAUCAAUUGAAAGAUUUUCAAUUUCAUUUUUUAAAAAAAAAUUACAUUAUGAAUCAAUGGAAUUUGUAUAUAAUAAUUUCUUUGAUUUUAGUAAUGACCAAUUUGAUCAAUUUCAUAAUUUACAUCAAUUAGUACAUCAUUAUUUAAAUUAUAAUAAAAAAGAAAUACAUAGGUUAUCAAAUUUAUUAAAGAAUGAAUCAAGUUUUAAUUUAUUAAAAUAUGGUAAUCCGGCAGUAUUAUUCUAUCAAUUAAAUUAUUUAUAUGAUUAUAAUUUCGAUAAAUUUAAUGAAUGUUUUCAAUUUGUACCUAUAAAUAAAAAAUUUUAUUUUUAUUAUCUCAAAGGUGAAUUAAAAGAAAUGAUUGGUUGGAAUUUAAUUCAAAAAAAAACAAAUAAUAAUAAUAAUAAUAAUAAUAAUAAUAAUAAUAAUAAUAAUAAUAAUAAUAAUAAUAAUAAUAAUAAUAAUAAUAAUAAUAAUAAUAAUAAUAAUAAUAAUAAUAAUAAUAAUAAUAAUAAUAAUAAUAAUAAUAAUAAUAAUAAUAAUAAUAAUAAUAAUAAUAAUAAUAAUCAAAUAUAA